UAAACAUUUCAAACAGUAAUUUAAACUACGAAGAAAAAUAAGAAAAAUGUGUGCGAGCCAAUAUUUUUUGCAACUAAAAUAUAUAUUUAAUCGUUUUAUUGUAAGUCAACGUGAACUUUGGUUUCUGGAAAGUUGAUUAAAGUCAGAUUAAAUCAAUUUGAUGAUUAUGUACAGCUAACACUUAUUAUUCAGUUGUUAUAGUUCAAUAGUUCAUGGUUGCAGUAACGUAAUAGCAUCAGAAAAAUAGUGAAAGAGAAGAAAUAACGAAAGAACAACGAGAAAUAAAGAGAACACCAAGUCAGAUAUGAAAAUUAAAAUUUAUUCCAUAAAUAUUAAGGACGGGAAACAUGAAUCGAAAUUUCUCAUUUUAUAAAUUAUGGUGAAUUAUGAUGAAAUAUUUUUCACGGCGUACCGUCCGCAAUGUGUUAAUAUAACGAUAAAUAUAAUCAUCUUAUAUAAUAAAAUAAAUAACUUUUAAACAAUACGAUAAAUAUUCUGUACGAUUACAUUUUUUAAAUUGCAGAAAGAAUAAUGAUGAGAUCAUCAACAUUACGUAAAUACCGUUCUAGUAUUGAUAUUAUUCAAUAAUGUAAAUAUCACAAUCAUACUGUGUAUUAAUAUGGUAUAAAUUUUAGCUACUACAAUAAAAAUCACAGCUACUACAAAUAGGAAAUGUUUUCAUCCUAAAUAUAGUCACAUAUAGUGUUAUAUAUAACAGUCGAUCAGAUCACAUAAUCACGCUACUGUAAGUUUUUUGGAAAUGUUUCAUUCAAAUCCUUCAUUUAAAAUGUCGGUAUAAAAUACGUACGUAAUCGAGAUACUUAAUUUAUGAUAUGCACAUCGUAACACUACACAUAGCUGUAGUUACAAUUGUUCGCUUUCUUGAAAUAUAUGAUUUAUUAUCAUUUUAUGGUAUUAGAAUUGUAAAUCACAGUCUAUAAAAGAUCUGUGGAAUUGCUUUAUCACUGCAUAAUAUUUCCACACGUCGGAUCCUCGUAUAUCGUGACCGAAAGCAGCUCAAUUAUUACAUCUAUUUAUUAGUAAUUCAACUGUAUUAGAAGCAAAGUAAGCAGAUUUACAUCAUUCAGUGAGUGUGACUAUAUCAUCUAAAAAAAAAAAAAAAGGAGCCGAAGUAAUAAAAUUAGGAAGAAAAAGGGGAAAAAUGAUUAAACAAGAAGGAGAUCGACAACUAAGCGAAGAAAAGAAAAAUUGCGAAAGUCAGAUACGGAGAUUUUAUGCUGGCAAACAGAUACUGCUCACCGGGUGCACUGGUUACCUGGGCAUCAUCAUUUUGGAAAAAAUCCUGCGCACAUGUACCGAAAUCAGUAAAAUUUACGUUAUGAUUCGAAAGAAAAAGAACAUGGGAAUUAAGGACCGAUUGAAAAAAUGUUUUGAAAAUAAUAUAUUUGAUACAUUACGUGGAUCAAAUCCGAAUUUUAUGGAAAAAGUCGAGCUGAUCUACGGUGAUCUAUACGAAAGCGACUUAGGUUUAUCGCCAGAAGAUCGUCGGCGUUUGCUGGAGAACGUGAAUAUAAUAAUUCACAACGCAUCGAACGUGCGUUUUGACGAAAAGCCGUCCUAUAUUUUCCGAAUAAACGUAAUUGGCACGGAAAAGCUAUUGGAACUAGCGACGGAGUGCUCUCGCUUGGAGAUAUUCGCUUACGUUUCGACCGCAUAUUCUAAUCCUUAUAACAUAACAUUGGAAGAAAAAUUUUACCCUCCUCCGGCUGAUAUGAAGCUGAUCAAAGACGUGAUAAAAGUCGACGAAGAAACCAAAACUGGACUUUCAGAGGUAUCAGUGCGCGAUAUCGCAGGAAGCUGGAUAAAUUUAUAUCCCUUUAGCAAAGCCACCGCUGAAGAUCUAGUCAAGACUUUUGGCAUAAGAAAGUCGCUUCCUUGUAUAGUGUACAGACCUAGCAUCAUCACAGGUGCGCACGGUGAACCAAUCGUAGGGUGGAUCGGAAAUAAAAAUGGUCCGAUACUUAUAACAAGAGCAGUAAGAGCGGGUUUCAUUAAUGUGAUUGAGGGUGAUCUCAAUGGUUUUACUCUGGAUCUAAUUCCGGUUGAUAUGACGGCUAAUAGCCUUUUGGCAGCGAUAUGGGACUACGUCUUAAAUAGGGAAUCGUCUGAACCACGAGUGUAUAAUUUUGCAAUUAGCGAUUGGAAUCCUGCUAAGAACAGUCUGGUGGCAAAAACUGUAGUGGAAAAUGCACGCAACUAUCCAUCGCCCGAAAUGAUACGCUAUCCGUUCCUGAUAUUUACUAAAAAUGCUUAUAUUUUCGCUUUUUUCUUUGCAUUAUUUAAUAUUAUUCCUGGUGCACUUGCUGACGCGUACCUCGUAUUUCGACGGAAGAAGCCAGUGUUUGUAAGUCUGUUGAAAAAGGUAAUAGUAAAUUACACAGACGCGAAAAGCUUUCUAAUACCUGAUCGACUGAUAAAAACAGAUAAUACGAAGAAGAUUUUAACACGUAUGAAUGCGACCGAUUUAAAAGAAUUUCGUUUUGAUUUAUCAACAAUAAACUGGUAUAGUUAUAUGAAUGAGAAUCACAUUAUGUUAAGAAAACUCCUGAAUGAACCAUCACAGCCGAAACCGGCGACAAUGAGGAAAUAUCGAUAUUUGAUGAUAUUACAUUACGUCGUUGUUAGUUUAGCUGUAUUUGUUUUCUUCUACUUUCUCUACUCGAUAACAUGUAACAUUUUCUCAUUCAUAGGAUAAUAAACACAAUACAAGACUUUUGUUAAACAUGUCUUCUUACUUUCACGUAUUUUUCGUAUUUGUCAUGAUGUGCUAAGAUGUGCACACUUUUUCACUGUAUUAUCGUGAAAUAAUAAUGUCAGAUUGGCUAAUGACCUCGCGCAAUUGAUACGAUUAUAAAUAACAACAAUGUUAGAUAUCUCGUACAGUUAUAAAAUGCAUGUUGACGUUAAAUACGGUUUGAAUUGCUCGUCUUUAAAACGGAGAGAGAUGAUAAUCUUUGAGAACUGCUGGAUAGUAGGGGAUUUUAAGGGGAUUGUAAAAUAUAACACAUAAUUAUAUAUAGAAUAAUACUCUUUAUUGUUUUUGAUAGUUUUUGUUGUUGUUGUCCAUAUCGUGCGUUAUCCUCUUACUUCUCUUCAGGUUAAUCGUUUUUUGCGCCGCAAUUUGUUGUUUGCAUUCUUUUUCCGUUGCUGCUGAUUCAUUGCUGCUCGAUAUUUUGGUAAAACGGUACGCGAUACAACGACACAACUUUUUGAAACAAAAUACGAGAAACGAACGAAGAAAAAAGAAAAGAUACACAACGUGUCCAACCACUCGAGAACCGUACAAUUCUUCGCAUCGUGCACGCGCCGACCACUUAGGACUAGAGUAAUUACGAUUCGUGCUUCUUUCCCCUUUCCAUGACAUUUUUCCUUUCCUUUUCCUUUGUUCUCAUGCUAAUUGGCAAGCACGCGUGCAAAGUAACGAAUCGCGGACGCGGGUUGUAUCAAGAAUCCUCUUGUCCUUCGUCCUUGCGCUCCGUUUCCCACUAACCGCGUAAAACGCGCAACUAUUGCCUCGUCUUUCCGUUUGUUUGUUUGACGUUAGCUCAACUUUCUCUUUUUUCUUUCUCUCCCUCUUUUUCCCUAUUUGUUUUUUUCUCUUUUUAAUUUUAGACGCAGUCUUGCGACACGAUACGAAAGACAGUUCGAGUGAUCGGCGCACGACGUCUCGCAGAUACACGAUCGUGCAUCUUCAAAUUUGUCCUAGCUCUAUUAAAGUGGCCGCACACGCGGCUCGUACGGCGAACGUACUCCCAUCGGGAUACAUCGAUUUCAGGCGAUUAAACGGCGCUAGUUAAUUUCGAGCAAUCCUAUCAUCGAUACGAAGAAAACGGCUUUACUGCAUUUCCAUCGUUUCCUCCCUUUUUAAAAUUUCCUACAUUCUGUAUUCGCCUUAGAAUCGAACAUCCCUCGGGAACGUGCAUUCGCUUCACGCGCCCGGCGCCAAAUUCAUCUUUUUCUUCAUUUUCUCUCUCUCUCUCUCUCUCUCUCUCCCUCGCGCGCGCUUUCGCUCUCUCUCUCUCUCUCUCUCGUUCGCUCGCUCGUACUCUCAUCUCAUCUUAUCCUUCUUUUAUCUUUUAAUUAAUUAACUCUGUCUUUCUCUGUAACCGUCUUCUCCGCGCUACUAUUUACAAUGUACAAUGUCGUGUGUUCUUUCCUCGUGUCCUAGGUUUGCGGUCACGGCGGGACUCUCGUAAAGUCUCGGAGAUCCGUUACGAUCUAGCUCUGGCUUGCCGUCACCCGUCCUCGUUUCUGCUUCUUUUCCCUCUGUCGCCCUCUUUUUUUCUCUUUUUUUUCAUUUUUUUUCGUCGACUAUCUUUUUGCUUUUUGCACACGCUGGCCGCGGCGUCGUACAGCCUCGUUCGUUCGCGUUUCGUCCGAAAGAAAGGAAGAGACCGUUCUCUUUUCGCGUUCGGUUAAGGCGUUCGGUAGAAACGAUCGAUCAUUAAUAGUAUCAAUAAUAUUAACAAUAUUAACGCUAAUGAUAAUAAUAAUAAUAAUAAUAAUAUUAAUAAUAAUAGUAAUAAUAAGAAGAAUAAGAAUAAGAAUAAUAAUAAGAAUAAGAAUAAGAAUAAUAAUAAUAGUAAUCGCACAAAAAAAAAAACAAGAAAAGAAAUAGGAGGAUUCGAGGACGUUGCAUUCGCAAGGCGGCCCACACGAGAACGCUGCUGUCGCUGCACUGCAUUUUACUCGUUCGUUCGAAUCGUGUAGAUUGCUCUUUUAAUUAAUUCUUCGUUAGAUAUCGUGGUAAUAGGAACUUAAAUCGUACAUCUACGCGACAGCCCAAUUCCAUUAACUCUUCGUAGGACAAUAUAAAAUUUACAUUUAUUAAUAUUUAAAAUAAUAAUAAUAAUAAUAAUAAUAAUAAUAAUAAUAAUAAUAAUAAUGACGACGAUAUAACAAAAACGUAUGUAUUUCUCUUUUUUUUUUUCCCCCUUUCAUGCUAACAACGAACAGACGCACAGAAAGACCGAUACUAAAACGCUCUACAACCAACCCACCGUGUACACAUAAAUAAAUCGGACGCAGAGAACUGAUGCAACUUCUCUGUCUUUCUGUAAGGAGCGAAGAAACGCAACAUUGCCGGGACUAUCGGCUCUGCAUUCUUGUCCGUAACUAGCUGUCGUUAUAUACACGUUACGCGCGACCGAUCACUCAUUAAACGCGACGAGUAGCGAGAAAUGGAAAGGGAAAGAUCGACGGACAAUGAGAGAAGAAAGAAUUCGCGACGACAUGCGUACGACGAUCGAACGCGAUUAUCCUACAUUGGAUGCAUACACACGUGAAAACAAUCUGGAAGAGCAUGUAUCGUAUGGGAAAAUACGGAUGACAAGAACGGAGUGGUGGUGUGUUUUUUUUUCGUGUGUGUGUGUGUGUGUGGUUAGAAAAAGAGAACGAGAUGUCUUCUGGCGGGAUACGCGUCUUACGAGCAGAAAUGAAUUUGAACAGGAAAUCGUUGCGUGGGCCAGCCGCGAAUCACAGCAACAUCAUCCGAACACGACAACGAGAUUGCGCGAGUCCCCGUCACCGCUUUUGUAUAUCACUUACCACGGUAAAUAUACAUAAUAAUCUUAUAUAUAUACUUCUUAUUUAUAUAUAUAAUAUAUAAUAAUAUCUUAUAUGUGUAUAUUUUUCUUCACAUUAUACCUAUUAUAUCAUCUUUUAUUUCCGCUUAAACGUACUUCUGCGCGUGUACUAUUUAUACUAUUUACAACUUUUCAUCUUUCAUCCUCCUUUUCUCUCGCGUCUUCUCCUUCUCGGUUGCUCGUUUCUUUUUACUUGCACCUCCCAUCGGAAGAAGGUGUUCGUCGCACACCACCCAUUUUAUAUCCAUCCAUCUUUUUUCGUCGUUUUUUUUUUUUUUCUUAAAACGUUUUAACAUUAA